CCGCGCUUCCUCCGCCCCGGCGGGUCCAGCGGGCCGGCCGGCCGGGUCAGCUCGGCGGCGGCGGCGGCGGGGCCGGGCUCGGCGAGUGCGCGCGGGGACGAGGACGAAGGAGAAGUGGAGGCAGCGGGACUGCGCGCCCGGAGCCCCGUUCCGCGUCCCCGCCGCCGGGAGGAGGUGCCCGCACGCUCGCGGCGCGCGCCGGGCAGCCAGACUCGGCCUGUGGGCGAUUUCCUCCGGACCUGAGCUCCCCGCCCGAGGAGGAAGAUGCAGACCUUUCUGAAAGGGAAGAGAGUUGGCUACUGGCUGAGCGAGAAGAAAAUCAAGAAGCUGAAUUUCCAGGCCUUCGCUGAGCUGUGCAGGAAGCGAGGGAUAGAAGUCGUACAGCUGAAUCUUAGCCAGCCAAUCGAGGAGCAGGGCCCCCUGGAUGUCAUCAUCCACAAGCUGACCGAUGUCAUCCUCGAAGCCGACCAGAACGACAGCCAGUCCCUGGAGCUGGUGCACAGGUUCCAGGAAUACAUCGACGCCCACCCUGAGACCAUUGUCCUGGACCCCCUUCCUGCCAUCAGGACUCUGCUUGACCGCUCCAAGUCCUACGAGCUCAUCCGGAAGAUUGAGGCCUACAUGAAAGAUGACAGGAUCUGCUCACCACCCUUCAUGGAGCUCACGAGCCUGUGCGGGGAUGACACCAUGCGGCUCCUGGAGAAGAACGGCCUGGCGUUUCCAUUCAUUUGCAAAACCAGAGUGGCUCAUGGCACCAACUCUCACGAGAUGGCCAUCGUGUUCAACCAGGAGGGCCUGAGCGCCAUCCAGCCGCCCUGCGUGGUCCAGAAUUUCAUCAACCACAAUGCUGUCCUGUACAAAGUGUUUGUGGUCGGCGAGUCCUACACAGUGGUCCAGAGGCCCUCGCUCAAGAACUUCUCCGCGGGGACAUCAGACCGUGAAUCCAUCUUCUUCAACAGCCACAACGUGUCCAAGCCGGAGUCAUCAUCGGUCCUGACUGAGCUGGACAAGAUCGAGGGUGUGUUUGAGCGGCCGAGUGACGAGGUCAUCCGGGAACUCUCCCGGGCCUUACGGCAGGCGCUGGGCGUGUCACUUUUUGGGAUUGAUAUCAUCAUCAACAACCAGACGGGACAGCAUGCUGUCAUCGACAUCAAUGCCUUCCCAGGCUAUGAGGGCGUGAACGAGUUCUUCACAGACCUCCUGAACCACAUCGCCACCGUCCUGCAGGGCCAGAGCGCAGCCACAGCAGCCGUGGGGGACGUGGCCCCCCUGAGGCACAGCAGGCUCCUGGCGGAGCAGGCGGACAGCCUGGCGGGCGAGCGGACAUGCAGCGCCAGCCCUGGCUGCUGCAGCAGCAUGAUGGGCCAAGACCCACCUUGGACGGCGGAGUCCGACGGGGCCGGCGUGGGUGCGAGCAGCACCGCCAAGCUGCCCCACCAGAGACUCGGCUGCACCACUGCCGUGUCACCCAGCUUCCAGCAGCAUUGUGUGGCCUCGCUGGCCACCAAGGCCUCCUCCCAAUAGCCACGGAGCCCAGGACCCAGAGGGCGGCGUGGGCCACGGAGCACGCCCACUGGGCAAGCAGCUCCCAGUGGUGACAACCUACUAAGAAUUCCCAACGGUCUGAUCGUUUUUUGUUUUUUUUUUAAUUUUUAACCUGAUUUUCUGAUGUCAUGAUCUAAAUGAGGGAUGGGGGGGAAGAUGGAAAAGAACCCCAGUGGUCCAGCCUCACGGCAAAAGGACAUCCUGCCUAAUUCCUGCUGUGCAGAUCUCUUCACUGAGUUUACACACGCCGUGUUUUCAACACUAGGUCUGAAUGUGAGGAGGGGUGUAUGUGUGCGUGUGUGUGGUUGCUGUGCGUGAGCGAGUGUGUGUGCACAUCCAUGUCUGUUGGUCUCGAUGGCUGCUGUGGACCAGGCCUUGGGGACCCUGGAGGGGGCCACCCUGGUUAGGCUGUUGACGCUGAACAGAGCAAGUGGACGGUUCCCCUUCUCUCUCUUCUCUCCAAGCCCCCCACCCCCAGGCCGGCCCCCUAGCCAUUUCCCCUUCUGCUGGCCGCCUCCAUCGCUUUGUGAGGAGUGGAGCCUGAGACCCCACCAGGUGUGCAGCUGCCCAUCCUGAAAGCGUGAGCCAAGGAGGCGAGAGGCCGCAGCUACCAUUGUCUUGGGUUCUACGCCAGGGGCCGGCUGUGGUCCUCCUGCCCAGCCCAAAGGGAAGGAGAAAGAAGCUUCUCGGGGAGGCCAAGGCCCCUGGCUGGCCCCCUGUCCACAUCCAGCGCCCUGGGGUCCACCCAGCCCCUCACGAUGUGCCCCAUGCAGCCCUGAAGAGGGCAUCCUUCCCUGACCAAGCGCUGCUGCUCCCGGGACUCGGGAGGAGGCUGCCGGGUUUGGGGUCCCCGGGCUGAUCCCACCUGUGCCAAGGAUUUGUGCCGUGACUUUGGGCAAAUCAUUCCGAGAGUCGCCGGACCUCCGUGUCCUCGUCUCUGAUGGGCAGUUGAGACCAGAGAACUCCGAAGGGCGGACGUGACGCCCCAGCCCCUGCCAUGCAGCCUGCUUCUCGCACAUCACCCGGAUGAGCCACCCCCUGGCGUCGAGGCAAUGCGGGGCCCUCUUCCCAGGCAGAAGGAGGCUUCCCAGACGCUUCACUCAUGUUCACACCUGCCUGGCCCACCCUUAGCCAGUAGUCCGAUCCAUAGUCACUGCGAGGGAGGAGCAGCGUCCCCCCCGGGGGUGAGAAAACACAAUAGCCCCUCCCCAAUUAGAGUCACUCCAGCCCCUGGUGGCAGCAGACAGACCACCAGCUGAGGUCCAGGCAGGCUGACAGCCCCUCCGAGAAGGAGGCCAGUGAAGGGCUUUGUCUGCCCUGGGACAAUGUGAACACUGGGCGAGAUGCAUCGGACCCCGAGCAUGACCUGUGUCUUAAGAUUUCAGUUCACUUUGAGAACGGAAAAGGCCUCUGGGCUGACCUGAGUGAGUGAUCAGGGAGGAGGCCGGCUGAGCUGGGCACUUGGAGGUACCUUCAGGCCUGGCUCAGCAGGGUUGGGGUGUUGUCUGGCUUUGGGCCUGGGGUGAGGGGUGGAUGCCAUCAGAACUGCCCAGCUGCCCUGGAUACUGAAGGCCCACCGACUAACCGCGUUUACACGACUUGAGUGUUGAAUCCCGAUUAUAAUGUCUGUACUGUCACCUUUCCUUGUCUAACCCUGAGCCCUGGGGAAGCCGGAAAGUGUGGCCGGCCUCUUGCACUGCUUUGUCUCCAAAAUAAACUACUGAAAUCAAA